AGAAUUUAUAUGUAAAUAUUUUAUAAGAAAAGAAUAAAUAUAAGAAAUGUCAGUAAAUAUGAAUAAAAGAAAACUUAACGAUGAAAUGGACAAUAAACCUACGAGGGUUUUAUCAAGAUUUAAAUCUGACACUGGAGAAAUUCUUUCAGGUGGUUUGUUGGAUUUACCAGUUAAUAUCACGGUAAAUAAACUUCAAGCAAUUUGUAAUGCUUUACUACAACAUGAAGAACCAGUGCCACUGGCAUUCUAUGUAAAUAAUAUAGAGAUUACGGAUACAUUAGAAAAAAAUAUAGAAAAAAAUUUUAGUAUCAGUGAAAAUGUUCUUGAAAUUAUAUAUCAACCUCAAGCAAUUUUUAAAGUUAAAGCCGUAACAAGAUGUACUGGAUCAUUAGAAGGGCAUAAAGAAGCUGUUAUAUCAGUUGCUUUUUCACCUGAUGGAAAAUAUUUAGCAAGUGGUUCUGGAGAUACUACUGUACGAUUUUGGGAUAUUUAUACACAAACUCCAUAUUACACCUGCGAAGGGCAUAAACAUUGGGUUUUAUGUAUUUCCUGGUCACCAUGCGGUAAUAAAUUGGUUUCAGCUUGUAAAAAUGGCAUGAUUUUACAAUGGGAUCCAAAAACAGGAAAACAAGUUGGCAAAACAAUGAUUGGACAUAAAAUGUGGGUAACAUCCUUAAGUUGGGAACCUUAUCAUAGGAAUCCAGAUUGUAGAUAUUUAAUAAGUGCCUCUAAAGAUUGUGACUUAAGAAUAUGGGAUACAACAUUUAGUCAAACAAUACGUGUUCUUUCUGGCCAUACAAGAAGUGUUACUUGUGUUAAAUGGGGAGGUAGUGGUCUCAUAUAUUCUGCUUCUCAAGAUAGGACUAUCAGAGUAUGGAGAGCUGAAGAUGGAAUACUAUGCAGAACACUUGAAGGUCAUGGUCAUUGGGUAAACACAUUGGCAUUGAAUGUAGAUUAUGUACUUAGGACUGGUCCUUUUCAAUUGAGUAAUACAAAAGACAAAAUUGAGAAUCCUUUAGAGUAUGCAAAGAAACAAUAUACUUCAGUAGGUGAAGAAAAGCUUGUUUCUGGUUCAGAUGACUUUACAUUAUUUUUAUGGAAACCAGAAAAAGAAAAGAAGCCUAUUGCAAGGAUGACAGGUCAUCAGCAAUUGAUAAAUGAUGUCAAAUUCUCACCGGAUGGUCGUAUAAUUGCAUCAGCAUCUUUUGAUAAAUCAAUAAAACUAUGGGAUUCAAAUACUGGCAAUUAUAUAGCAUCAUUGAGGGGUCAUGUACAAGCUGUUUAUUCUAUUACAUGGAGUGCAGACUCACGUUUACUACUCAGUGGUAGCGCUGAUUCAACAUUAAAAGUAUGGAGUAUGAAAACAAAAAAAUUGUACGAGGAUUUGCCUGGACAUGCUGAUGAAGUUUAUGCUGUAGAUUGGUCUCCUGAUGGUCUUCGCGUUGCGUCAGGUGGAAAAGAUAAAGUUUUAAAAUUAUGGCAAAACUAAUAUUAAACAUUAAAAAAGAAAAUAAUUAUAUA